AUGGCCGAUUUCGGGAGCUCCCCGCGGUACGUGACGUCGACGUCGCUGACGGUGAUCCUGCUGGAGCCGUGGGGGUCUGGGAACUACGUGGGGCUGACGGGUCUGGAGGUGGUGACGCUGAACCAGCAGAAAGUGUCGCUGACGCCGGGGCAGAUCGCGGUGUUUCCGCGCGAGCUGAUGAACGUGGGGUGGGAAGGGAUGGUUGGGAACUUCGGAGCGCUGUUUGACGGCGUCAAUCAGACGACGGACGUGAACCACAUGUGGCUGGUCCCCGCGGUGAUCGAGGGGAAGCACCCGAUGAUCCAGAUCCGGUUCCCCGUUUUAAUGCCGAUUUGUGGAAUCCGGAUUUUCAAUUUCAACUCGAACUCGAUCGAAGCCUUCAAUGGGGCCAAGUUCAUCCAGAUCUUCUGCAAUGGGUCCAUGAUUGGCAACUCGAAACUCCUCAUUCGCAAGGCCCCGGGCGUUUCCUUCUUCGACUACUCGCAGUACAUUCCUUUAAUCGAGCCCAAAACCUCCCUGACGAAGCUCCCGUCCCUUCGGAAUUUCGCGAUCGUUCAUUCGCCGAGACGGGUCGAGCAGGAUUUUGUUUGCCCGCUCCAUCCCUGCGGCUUUGUGCUGAAGCUCCAGAUCGAAUCCACGUGGGGAGACCGGAGUUUCGUCGGUCUGUACCAUUUGGAGGUUCUGGACCCAUCUGGGACCAAAAUCGACAUAUGUCCCCAAAACAUCCACCCAUUUCCGGUACCGCAAACGGUGCUGUACGACAAUAAUCGGACCUAUGAGCCCCAAAUGAUCAAUAUUCAAAUAGGGACAUGGGGGACAAAUGAUAGUUGGUGUGUCCCAAUCGUGAACAGUGGAAACAGAGAAGAACAGAGCGACAUAGUCAAUUGUCUCUUUGUGUUCUUUGACGUCCCCGUGAUUAUCGGGUGUGUGAAGCUAUGGAACUAUCGUCGCGUGCCUUCGUGCGGAAUUCGUGCGUUUUCGCUGUGGCUGGACGGGAAUCUGCUGUUCUCCGGGGAGCUCCGAAAAUGGAGUUCGGGUAAUGGAGAGGGGCAGAGCGUUCUGUUUACGGAUAAUGCGGCGCUGAUUGAGAGGGAGGAGAGGAACGUGCGGGGCGAAGGGGACGUGAAAUGUGUAUCGAGCGCCGGCGGGAUCGAUAAAGUUUAUAAAGGAUGA